AUGGCUGCUCAGCGUCCACAGUAUUAUGAAAAUACAUUGUCGUUAUUGGAGAUCAAUGUGACCUCUCUUGCGGAGUCCUUGAAGGAACUGCGUGUUGCUGUUCGACAGGGUGCAGAAGCUAUCCAGGCAAAUGAACCGCCUCAGGAUAAAUGGCCUGUUGGUGGAAUGCUUAAGGCAUUUCCAGGUGUCGCCCUUGCCUUCUUGCGCCUCGAUUUCCAAUCCUCUGUAUUGGAUGAGGACGGCAUCGAGUCUUUGAACUACCGCAAACUGGCUCUAGAAAGAAUCCCGGAUGGCUUCCCAGAUAUUCCACUGCGAGCAUCUCGAUUAGCACCCGCAGGGUCAUUCUCGCCCAUAGCUGCUGUCACUUUGCGUAUCUUCUCGGCACUGGCCAAAGAGAACUGGGAAAGAGAUGCUAAGCCAAGCAUUUCGCAAGAAGAUAUCAGUUGCCUUCAUGAUGCUGCGAACUUGGCUCUGAAUAACGGUCCUCUGGUGCCGCAUGAUGAUCGUAACAUGGGUGGGGAUGAGAUGCUGUAUGGUCGUGCAGGUCUUCUAUUGGUUCUUUUGAAUAUCCGGGCGCAUCAAUUUGAUGAAAAGACUGAAAGUGCCUUGGAAGCUGUCUACGAGACCAUUCCAAGGCUUGUCGACAUAAUCGUGGACGCAGGACGACAAGGCUCAGAGACCUUUAUUGAGAAGAAUGGAGCGCAAGAAGCGCACCCGUUGAUGUAUGCCUGGAUGGAAGGAUAUUAUUGCUUUGGAGCUGUUCAUGGAAUCACUGGUAUUCUACCGAUUCUCCUUUCGGCAAAGCCCGAGGAGAUUGAGCAACAUCUCCCGAUCAUUGGUGAAACUGUUACCUCGCUUUGCAAGCUGACCCUUUCAAAUAACGGCCAUCUCCCCAUGACCCUACCUCCAUUCUCUUUUGGACAAACCUCAGAGCUAGUUCAACUCUGCCAUGGAAGCCCCGGUAUUCUCAUUCUAUUGGCGGCCGCGCUCAAGAACCCGGCCUUGACUAGAGAAUCUUGGUGUCCAGACUGGAACCGCGCUACCUACGAAGCCUCUGAGCGAAUCUGGGAAGAAGGCCUUAUUUCCAAGGGAGGUAGUCUGUGCCAUGGUAUCAGCGGAAACUCCUGGCCCUGGCUCACACUUCACAAUACCUUUGAGUAUCAUUCGGAGGAUCUUGAGGCUGCAAAGAGUGCAUACCUGCAGCGCACAUUGGCCUCGGCCUUCCAAAACGGAGACAUGAGUCCAACCCUGACGCCUGACUUUUUCUUGUCCAAGGCUUUAGCUUUUAUGCUGCAUGCGCGCGAAACUCGCCCAUACAAGAACACAAAAUGCGCUGACUGCACCAAAGACUACCGCAUGCCUGAUGACCCAUACUCGUUGUUCGAGGGUCUAGCGGGUAAUGUAUGUGCUUGGGCGGAAGCGUGUGCUAUCAUUCAAGCUAGACUGCGCAAGAUGGAGCUCACUGGAAGUGGAGCUAGCUUAGAAGAGGACCUUUUAUUUCAACAAGCAAUGAGGAGUGAGCUUGGGUUUCCACUUAUUGGUGGAAAUGGCGCUGCUGGGCUUGUUUAG